AUGGUAGCUACGAGAAAGAUACUCGGUAAAGAUGCGCUAAAGCCACUUCUGCACUUGACUCCUCAACGAAAUGCCUGUGGUAUCUAUUACCUCUAUCACCAACGAAGUCAAGCUGCGAUUUUACUUAUCCACAAUUCGCCCCAUCGUGAUGUACAGAUUGGAGACUUCGGUAGCACUGCCCACGGCAAUGAAGAGGCUUUAUUUCAUGGAAAUAAACUGUUUAGAGGGCUGCUUGGCUACCUUUGGCCUAGGGUACCCACAACGAAGUUCUUUAUGCGGGAAAAGAUAUACGGCGGUUGGCAAGUGAAAAAUAUCAAUCUUGGACCGCCAUCGAAAGUGGCUACAAAGUAUCGUCUUUGCUUCUUUGGUCAUAUACUGAGGAAGUCAGCACAACGCUGUGCUCAAAGUGCUGUGAGGAGUUUUUUAGGUCCAAGCAGGAGUAGGUCACCUGGCCGAAAACCUCGGCGAAGAUGCGGGUAG